AUGGCAUCACAAUCUUGGUAUAGAGGCAGAGUCAAGGCUGUUCCUUCAGGUGAUUGCCUUGUCAUCCAGGCCCUUCGGCCAAACAAUACCGGAAUCCCAUCGGAAAGAGUUAUAACUUUGUCAUCGGUUCGUGCUCCCAAACUAGCCGGUAAAGAUCGCAGCGCUGACGAGCCUUUUGCAUGGGACAGCAGAGAGUAUCUGAGGAAGCUCUGCCUCGGAAAGGAGGUGGUUUACUGCAUUGAUUCCGUUGAAGAACCGCUGGGAUUGGUCGGUACUGUCUUCCUUGGUAACGAUAAUGUUGCAGCCCUUGUUGUUCAAAAAGGGUGGGCAUCUGUAACGUUGCCGAGCACAACUCCUUACUAUGUUGAGCUGCAGUUUCACAUGGACCAAGCCUUUAAUAAAGGUCUCGGUCUCUGGAGCAAGGCUCCUGGUGCGGCGGAGGCAUCCAUUAGAACUCUACCUCCCCAACUCAACUUAGAGACCACCAAGACUCUUUUGGCUGCAAACAAGGGCAAGCGUGUAGAAGCUAUCGUCGAGCAUGUUUGUGAUGGCAGUACAGUUCUGGCUCAUUUGCUUCCGGAGUUUCAGUUUGUCCUAGUAAUUGUUUCAGGAACUCAGGCGCCCUACGUUGGACGUAAUGCUUAUCCUUUUGCAUCAGAAGCGAAGCUUUUCACAGAGUCUCGUGUGUUGAAUAGAGAUGUGCAUAUUGUCUUGGAGGGUGUCGACAAAUUCAGCCGUCUGAUUGGUUCUGUGUAUUACGGAGACUCUGAGAGGGACUUGGGGCUGGAGCUUGUGGAGAAUGGUUAUGCUAAAUUUGUACAAUGGAGCGCAAAAGUUAUGGAUGAAGAUGCAAAGCAGCAGCUCAAGACUGCAGAGCUUGAAGCUAAGAAGAGCAAGCGGAGGAUUUGGACAAACUUUGUACCCCCAGCUACAAAUUCCAAGCCAAUUCAUGACCAGAAUUUCACUGGAACAGUUGUGGAGGUUGUAAGUGGGGAAUGUGUCAUUGUGGCGGAUGAUUCUAGAGAGCGGAGAGUUAGCCUUUCGAGUAUUCAGUGUCCGAAGAUGGGACGGAGAGGUGAUGAGCCGGCGGCCUAUGCACGUGAAGCCAAGGAGAUGCUGAGGACACGCCUUAUUGGACGCCAAGUGAAUGUUCAAAUGGAGUAUUCCAGGAAGUUCGGCCAAGCAGAUUUGGAGUCUUCUAGAGUAAUAGAUUUCGGAUCAGUCUUUGUUAAGGCUGACGGAGAAGAUGAAAGAAACCAGGCUGAGGUAAACGUUGCUGAGCUUCUGGUUGAAUGUGGUUUCGGUACCGUUAUCAAACAUAAAGAGUAUGAUGAGAGAUCAAGAUACUAUGAUGCCCUACUUGCUGCCGAAACAUGUGCUAUUGCUGAAAAGAAAGGACUCCAUUCUUCAAAGAAGGCCCCCGUUGUGCACAUGACAGACUUGACAAUGGCAACGGCCUACGAAGCAGGAGACGUCUUGCCGUCCUUGCAGCGAACUAGGAGAGUGUCUGCAGUUGUGGAAUAUGUCUUCAGCGGUCAUCGUUUUAAACUCUACAUUCCCAAGGAGACGUGCAUCAUCUUCUUUUCUCUCUCCGGUGUGAGAUGUCCUAGUCGUGGUGAGCCCUAUUCGGACGAAGCAAUUGCCGUCAUGAGGCGAAGAUUAAUGCAGAGAGAUGUUGAGAUUGAAGUGGAGACUAUUGAUAGAAACGGAACUUUCGUGGGAAGUAUAUGGGAAUCUGGGACCAAUGUGUCAGUUGCCCUCGUUGAAGCUGGCCUUGCAAAGUAUAUUCCAUUUGGUGGUAGCGAUAAGAUCCAAGAUGGCCAUCUCCUAGAACGAGCUAUGAAAGAUGCAAAAACGAAGAAGCUGAAAAUUUGGGAGAAUUUUGACGAACAGAAAGAACUAAAGGUAGUGGUCACAGAAGUUCUGGACAGCGGUAAAUUUUAUGUGAGGACAGUUGGGGACGAGAAGAGUGCCUCUAUUCAGCAACAGCUUGCUUCGUUGAACCUUGAAGAAGCUCCUUCUGUAAGUGAUGCUUUUAAUCCUAAGCAGGGUGACAUUGUCCUUGCUCAAUAUAGUGCAGAUAAUUCUUGGAACAGAGCUAGGAUUGUCAAUAUGCGAAGGGGCAAUUUUAAAGUGUUCUACAUUGACUAUGGUAAUCAAGAGGUUGUCCCUUACAGUCAGUUACGGCCUCUUAUUCCUUCUGCUGCCGCUGUACCUGGUCUCGCUCAGCUAUGCAGCCUGGCACAUGUUAUUGUCCCGAGCUUGGAGGAGGAGUUUGGUCAAGAAGCAGGUGAGUAUUUGAGCGAGUGCAUAUUGGACAAAGAGUUCACCGCCGUGAUUGAGGGAAGAGAUAUUUCUGAAGGAAAAUUUGCCAAAGGCCAAGGAACCGGACCAGCUCUUAUGGUAACUCUUGUCACAUCAGAUGAUGUUGACAGUAUAAAUGCUACCAUGAUUCGUAAUGGACUUGCUUCUCUAGAUAACCAGAAGAAGAGGUCAUGGAAGUCUCGUACCUUGAGAGAGUUCCAGCAAGACGCAAAAACCUUCCGCCGAGGGAUGUGGCAUGAUUAUUACGAGUCUGAUCAUCAUGAGAAAAAAGCUCCUCCUGCAAGAAAGGCUGCUGGCAGUCAGUGA